CUUUCUCUCUCUCUCUCCAAUAUAUAAAAUAAAAUCUUGAGAAAACCCUUUCGCUUCUUCUCUCUCACGUUUCUCUCUGUUCCGCGCCCUCACUUCUCUUCGAGAUCCACCGCUUCUUCCCUGUAUCGGCCUCUUAAGCCCUAGAUUCCGUCAACGGAGGUGCGGGGAUUCUCGCAGGAAUUUUUCAGUGUCUUGAGAUAAGAAUUUGAAGGUAGAGAGGGAAACAAACCGACGCCGGUUUCUCUCUCGUGCGCUCUAUUAGCUGAUACGAUUUGCUUCCAGAAGGAUCUGGGAUGCUAGGGUUUAUGUUUGCGGGAGAGAACGAGUGAGCGUAUUUUUAUGUGUUUAGGCCUUUUGUAGGUCUUUCUCUGAGAUCAGUGAUUAGUGAUGGCUGCGGCAGCGGAGGUAGCGGCUCAGCAACCCGUUUCUGCCCAAGUUGUGGGGAACGCAUUUGUGCAGCAGUACUAUCACAUUCUCCAUCACUCCCCUGGGCUUGUUUAUCGGUUUUAUCAGGACAUAAGUAAGCUUGGUCGUCCUGAGGAGGAUGGCUCAAUGAGCAUCACCACUACUAUGCAAGCCAUAGAUGCAAAGAUUGUUUCACUCAACUAUGGUGACUUCAGAGCUGAGAUUAAGUCAGUGGAUGCACAGGAGUCAUUCAACGGUGGAGUUAAUGUUCUUGUUACUGGCUAUCUAACAGGGAAGGAUAACACAGUUCGUAAUUUUGCUCAAUCUUUCUUCCUUGCACCUCAAGACAGGGGUUACUUUGUUUUGAAUGACAUGUUCCGGUAUCUGGAUAAUGUCAAUCUGAACCCAGCUUUGGUAAAUGAUGUUCUGCUGCCUGCUGCUCCUGAGCCAAUACCGGCAGCAGCUCCUGCUCCAGUUCAGGAGGAUCAUGUCUCUGAGGAAAGUACACCAUCUACAGAGGAAGCUGUUGCAGGUGAAGUUUACAAUCCGCCUCAGAAUGGAGAUGUGGCAAUUGUUGAAGAAGAAGUCCCAAUAGCUGAGGUUGUUGAUGAAGUACAAGAUGAUGCGGAGAUAGUUGUUGAAUCCAAUACCAAAACUGAGGAAUUGCCAAAGAAGUCUUAUGCUUCUAUUGUGAUGCAUCUUAAGGAAAGUGCUGCAACUUUCUCACCCCCACCUGCUGCUCCUCGUAGAGCUCCACCAAAGAACAUUGAACAAGCAAACCCAACUUUUGCCUCAGCAACUGAUGGGCCAGUUUCCAGUUCAGAGUCUGUUGAUAAUGGGAAUAACCAAGAGGGUGAAGCUGAUGGUUACUCGAUAUACAUAAAGGGCCUUCCAAUGAGUGCUACUGAUACCUUACUGGAGGAAGUGUUCAAGAAAUUUGGUACUAUUAAGAGUGAUGGAAUUCAAGUUAGAAGCAAUCGGCAACAAGGCUUUUGUUUUGGCUUUGUGGAAUUUGAGGAGGCAAGUGCUGUGCAGAAAGCUCUUGAGGCUUCUCCAGUGACAAUUGGUGGGCGACAAGCCUUUGUCGAGGAAAAGAGGUCGACCAAUUCUCGAGGAAAUAACAGGGGAAGAUUUCAAUCUGGGAGGGGUUCUGGAUUUAGAAAUGAGGGAGGACGAGGCCGUGGUAACUAUGGAGGUGGCCGGGGUUACAACAGGGGUGAUUUCACUGGCAGGAGUGAGUUUGGCAACAAGGGUGGCGGUCGGGGAGGUCCCUCAAGUCGGGAUGGAUAUCAGAGAUCUGAAAAUAUCAAUAGCAAUGGAGGUCGUGUGAACCGUACUGGUGGGAUGGCCAAUGGCAGUGCAAAAAGUAUAACACCUCGGGUUUCUGCUACUGCUUGAGGAAUUAUAGUUUGGGUGGUCAGUGGGUAUUUCAUCUCGGCUUUACUUUUGCUCCUUUUAUUAUUUUCGAUUUUUAGUAAUUUUUUACAUGGUCGGAAAUCAUUUGGUCGGCAGUUUCAUUGCACGUGGACUGUCUGGGUAGGUCUUCUCACUAAUUUGUUCAAAAUUUUCCCCUUUGUGGGUAUAGUUGAUCAGUAGAUGAGAGUAUGUAGGGUUUUUCAUUAGGAUCAUAGACACUUGAGAGGCCCCAGGGAAAGAAUUCUUGAGACAUUUUGGAGCUUUUUGUAUUUGAUGAACAAUUAGUCGGGCCACAUCAACUCUUGAUGUCUUCGAAUGAAAAGUUCUUUCCUCUUAGUUUCGUGGAAUGAUUGCUGAUUCCAACCU